AUGGUUUACAGACUCCUCUUUGGAUUUCUCCUUCCUCUUGUCUUACAACCCUCCUUAGUGUUAUGCAAUCCACCAGAGCUGAAGAUUGGCUUUUACCAAUACACAUGCCCGUAUGCAGAGGUCAUUGUUCGCGAUGAGAUUGCCAGGAUCAUCUCCCACGUCCCAAGCCUCGCUGGUCCUCUGCUUCGCAUGCACUUCCACGACUGUUUUGUGAACGGUUGCGAUGGUUCUAUUCUGCUUGAUAGCAUACCAGGAUUACCAUCCGAAAAGGAAUCGGAACCGAACCUCAGCCUGCGAGGCUUCGGCACAAUCGACCUUGUCAAGGCUAAACUGGAGCAAGCCUGCCCUGGAGUGGUCUCAUGCGCUGAUAUCCUAGCUCUCGUGGCAAGGGAUGUUGUACUACUGACCCAUGGGCCUUACUGGAAUGUUCCAACUGGGCGGCGAGAUGGGUUGAGAUCGGUGAAGGAUGAAGCUUUGAACAACCUACCUCCACCUUUUUUUGAUGCCACUCGUAAUCUGAACCAGUUCUUCGUCCCGAAGGGUCUUGAUGCGAAGGAUCAGGUGGUUCUGCUAGGGGGGCACACCCUUGGGACCUCCCACUGCUCGUCCUUCUCGGACCGGCUGUACAACUUCAGUGGCACACAGAUGCCGGACCCGGCGCUGGACAGGCGGUACGCGCUGCGGCUGAAGAGCAAGUGCAGGCCCGGCGACGCGACGACGCUGGUGGAGAUGGACCCGGGGAGCUUCAGGACAUUCGACGCGAGCUACUACCGUCACGUCGCCAGGGGGAGGGCGCUCUUCACCUCGGACGAGACGCUCAUGCUGGACCCCUUCACCAGGGACUACGUCCUGCGCCAGGCGGCCGUCGCCGCUGCCGGCGGCUACCCCGCCGAGUUCUUUGCGGACUUCGUGGCGUCCAUGGUGAAGAUGGGGAACAUGCAGGUGCUCACCGGCACGCAGGGCGAGGUCAGGCGGCGCUGCGGCGCCGUGAACCCGAUUGGCAUGUAG